UUCACUGGAACUUAGAAACCUGAAGGCAAACAAGGGAUGGGUAACCUGAUCCUUGCACUAGUGUUUGGCCCAGGGAGGAUUAGCAAGACUGGGGAAGCUGACGUUUGGGACUACGUUGACAUUUAUGAAUGUUUCAAGAGAGUGGUGGGUGUUGCUUGGCAAUCCGUAGGUAGAUAAGCAGAGCCAGCUCGUAACUGCCCGGGAGGAUGCCGAGGACCGGGCACGAACAGGGCUGCUACAGCAAAGGUAAUCACAGGCCAAGAACUCAGAACGAACAUCGCAAACCCUUACGCCCCACCCUCCAACUGAUCCCACCCAUUCCACUCUGUCUGCUUUCCCAUGGACUGCUCACGAGACAGCUGCCUCUCUGUGCAAGUAUCCCCAUGGCUGGACCGGGAAUGGGACCUGAUGGCAGAUUCAGAACCCCCUUUGGAGCUGCACAUGGACGAUGCAGGUACAUGCUUAGAGCUCGAGGGAGAUGCUACAGAUGCCCUGUUGGAGCCUGAAGGUGCACAUGCCCCUUUGGAGCUACGUAUGGAUGUCACAAAUGCCCCUCUGGAGCUGAACAACGCAGGCGCACCCUUGGAGCAGCAUGUGGAUGGCGCAGAUGCUCCCUUGGACUUAGAUGUUGCAGUGCCCCAGACUCUGAGCAUUGAGGAGCUGGGAGAGCAUUUCCAGGAAUGCAUUGAAGCAGUGGAGCAGCUGGAGGAGGAGAGGGACAGCCUCAUCCAGGAACUCACGCUGCUCCGGGAACCUGCCCUUCAAGAAAUCAGACAAGCUCAUGAGGAGAUACUGGCAGCCUACAGACUGCAGUCCAAGGUGGAGCUGGAGCGGGACAAUCUGAGAAAUGAGAUCCGACAAGUCAAGCAGAAGCUAUUCAAGGUGACCAGAGAGUGUGUGGCUUGCCAGUACCAGCUGGAAACCAGACGGCGUGACAUGGCCCAGUAUGCGGUCUAUCGGGCUGAACUGGAAACCAGGGUCAGCCAGCUUUCCGAGGAAAUAUCGCAGCUGAGAGAGACUUGUGAAAAGCAGAAGGAACAGUUCAGGCAGCGUCUGGAGAUGCCCCAGUACCGGGGGGAUAGCCAUUACUUGCAGGAGAGCCGAAGGCUUUCCAUGGAGUUUGAGAGCUUUGUGGCAGAGAGCCGCCAGGGCCUGGAGAAACACUAUGAGCCGCAGCUCGUGUGCCUUUUAGAAAGGCGAGAAGCCAGUGCUAAGGCUUUGCAACAAACACAGGGAGAGAUUCAGGGGCUGAAGGAGACACUGAGACCACUGCAGGGAGAGGCCAGCAGGCUGCGGCUGCAGAACAGAAAUCUGGAAGAACAGAUCAGGCUCAUUAAGCAAAAACGGGACGAAGAAGUUCUCCAGUACAGGGAACAGGUGGAAGAGAUGGAAGAGAGGCUACGGGAACUGAAAAACGAGGUCCAACUUCAGCAACGUAAGAACCAAGAAUUGGAAGAGCUGAGGACCAGCCUGCACCAGGCGCUAUCUAUUUACAAGGGCUGCUUAGAAAUCUAUGGUCAUCUUUGCAACUCAGAAAAAGUCGAUCAAGACUGACUUAUGGACUUUCCUUAUUCUGUCAAAAAAUAAAUGCAGAGGCACUCAAUGUGAAGGAC